AACGAGGUCAGCUGUUAGAGGUCAGAGGUCGCCAGAUCCGCGUGGAGGUUGAAUUUUUUCUUGAGAAGUGUCCUUGGACUUGUACUGGAUAUUUAGGGUCUUAAGGAAUCUUCAUCCGUGUUAGUGACGAAUAGGAGUUAUAGAGCAUCUUAUCUUUGACUAUCUAGCUACCUCAACUAUCGAAAAAUGAAUGUUGUGAUGGAAUUAGUGGCUAAGUUCUGUCACAGUGAGCUGGAGGCCUACGGCAGCUGUGUACAGGACAACCCCCAGAGCUGGCCGACCAAAUGUGCCGAGCUGAAGAAAAAGGUUUCCAACUGCUCAUCCACACACCCGUCCAUUCAGAGAAUAAAGCGUGAAUGUCACAAGCAGUUCCAGAUGUAUGACUACUGCAUACGGAACAACCCCAGUGAAGUAGAGGUGUGUCUACCUGCACUACAGGAGUUCUUCACUUGUGGACACUCCGCUGCAUCUGACCAGCAACUCAAAGAUGACAUGCCCACACCACAGAAAGCAGCUGCAUGAUUGGAUACUGCAACAGAAUAUAUUAUGUACAUGUAAUAUUUGAAAAUGUAGUAAAAUCAAGACCUUCACUAUAGAUGUGUCCAGUUCCGAGUGAUCAUUUUGUAAAAGCCAAUAAGUAUCAUAAUGCACAGUGGCAGAUAUUAAGCUCCAGCCCUAGCCACAAUGUUAAGUGACUGACUGGUAAAACAUGAUUUAAAGGAACAUCAUGCUUACAUAUGAUCCA